AGCCCUUUCACACACCUCAGGAACACCUCUCUGCUGCCCGCUGCCUGGACACACCUGCAGUCCUGCCCAGCCAGCUCUGCUCACCCAGAGCUUGUCAAUGCCCCAGACAUGAGCCAGCCUAGGCCCCGCUACGUGGUAGACAGAGCUGCGUACUCUCUCACCCUCUUUGAUGAUGAGUUUGAGAAGAAGGACCGGACGUACCCAGUGGGAGAGAAACUUCGCAACACCUUCAGGUGCUCUUCUGCCAAGGUCAAAGCCAUAGUAUUGGGGCUGCUGCCUGUGCUCUCCUGGCUCCCCAAGUACAAGAUCAAAGACUACAUCAUUCCUGACUUGCUGGGUGGACUCAGUGGAGGAUGCAUCCAAGUGCCACAAGGCAUGGCAUUUGCUUUGCUGGCUAAUCUUCCCCCAGUCAAUGGCCUCUACUCUUCCUUCUUCCCCCUCCUGACCUACUUCUUCCUGGGGGGUAUACACCAGAUGGUGCCAGGUACCUUUGCCGUUAUCAGCAUCCUGGUGGGUAACAUCUGUCUGCAGCUGGCCCCAGAGUCAAAAUUCCGGCUCUUCGACAAUGCAACCAAUGAGAGCUAUGUGGACACAGCCGCCAUGGAGGCAGAAAGGCUGCAUGUGUCAGCAACACUUGCUUGCCUGACUGCCGUCAUCCAGAUGGGCCUGGGGUUCAUGCAAUUUGGCUUUGUUGCUAUCUACCUCUCGGAGUCCUUCAUCCGGGGCUUCAUGACAGCUGCCGGCCUGCAGAUCUUGAUCUCAGUGCUCAAGUAUAUCUUCGGCCUGACCAUCCCCUCCUACACAGGCCCAGGCUCCAUUGUCUUUACCUUCAUUGACAUUUGCAAAAACCUCCCCCACACCAACAUCGCUUCACUCAUCUUCGCCCUGAUCAGCGGUAUCUUUCUGGUGCUGGUAAAGGAACUCAAUGCUCGUUACAUGCACAAGAUCCGCUUCCCCAUCCCUACGGAGAUGAUCGUGGUGAUUGUGGCAACAGCUAUCUCUGGGAGCUUCAAGAUGCCCCAAAAAUAUCACAUGCAGAUCGUGGGAGAGAUCCAACAUGGGUUCCCUACUCCAGUGUCACCAGUGGUUUCACAGUGGAAGGAUAUGGUGGGAACAGCCUUCUCCCUGGCAAUUGUGGGCUAUGUCAUCAAUCUGGCUAUGGGCCGAACCCUGGCCAGCAAGCACGGCUAUGAUGUGGAUUCUAACCAGGAGAUGAUUGCUCUGGGCUGCAGCAACUUCUUUGGCUCCUUCUUUAAAAUCCAUGUCAUUUGCUGUGCUCUCUCUGUCACUUUGGCUGUGGAUGGGGCUGGAGGAAAGUCCCAGGUGGCGAGCCUGUGUGUGUCUCUGGUGGUGAUGAUCACCAUGUUGGUCCUGGGGUCCUAUCUGUACCCUCUCCCCAAGGCUGUGCUGGGAGCCCUGAUAGCUGUCAACCUCAAGAAUUCCCUCAAGCAACUCAGUGACCCCUACUACCUGUGGAGGAAGAACAAGCUGGACUGUUGUGUCUGGGUGGUGAGCUUCCUCUCCUCCUUCUUCCUGAGUCUGCCAUAUGGUGUAGCAGUGGGUGUCGCCUUCUCCAUCCUGGUAGUGGUCUUCCAGACCCAGUUUCGAAACGGCUCUGCUCUGGUCCAGGUCAUGGACACUGACAUCUAUGUGAACCCUAAAACCUACAAUAGGGUCCAGGAAAUUGAGGGGGUUAAGAUUGUCACUUACUGCUCCCCUCUCUACUUUGCCAACUCAGAGAUCUUCAGGCAAAAGGUCAUUGCCAAGACAGGUAUGGACCCCCAGAAAGUAUUGCUCGCCAAACAGAAAUAUCUCCGGAAGCAAGAGAAGAGGAUGGCAAUGCCUACACAGCAGAGGAAGUCCCUCUUCAUGAAAACCAAGACAGUCUCCCUGCAGGAACUCCAGCAAGACUUUGAAAGCGGCCCCUCUACCGACCCCAACAACAACCAAGCACCUGCCACUGACACCAGCAUAUCUUAUAUCACCUUCAGCCCAGAUGACACCUCAGCAGCUGCCCCAUGUGAGCUGCCAGCUUCUGCUCAGUCCCCCAGUGAACCUAGUGACACUCUAGCCAGUGUCCCACCUUUUGUCACCUUCCACACCCUCAUCCUGGACAUGAGUGGAGUCAGCUUUGUAGAUUUAAUGGGCAUCAAAGCCCUAGCCAAGCUAAGCUCCACCUAUGGGAAGAUUGGAGUCCAGAUCUUCCUGGUAAACAUCCAUGCCCAGGUGUACAAUGAUAUCAGCCACGGAGGUGUCUUUGAGGAUGGGUGUGUACAGCGCAGCCAUGUGUUCCCCAGUAUCCAUGAUGCAGUUCUCUUUGCCCAGGCAAAUACCAGGGAAGUGGCUCCAGCACACAGCUUCCAAGGGGCUCCAGGGGAUGCUGAGUUCACCUUGUAUGAUUCAGAAGAGGAUGGCCCCAGCUACUGGGACUUAGAGCAGGACAUGUUCGGAAGCAUGUUUCAUACAGAGACCCUGACUGUCCUGUGA